AUGAAGCUUCCUUCGAAGCAGCAGCCCAUGCUGCUGUUGGGAUUGCUCGUGCUGUGGGUUUCCAUCGUGAAGGCGAGCAGAAACAAUACCGACACUGCAGACAUCAUCGCCGAACAUGGCCGCACGAAACGUACGCUAGUGUACACGUUCAACAGUUGCUCCGGGAUUUUAAUCGCACUAUCCAUUCCUCUACUCAUUACCGGGCGGAACGUAUUCAUGUCGUACAACUUUGAAGCGAACUACAACAUGCCGACGGACAGUACCGACUUCACGCAGGGCAUCUUGAAGAAGGGUGACAACGAUCAGAUACAUGAGGCUGAGACAAGGAAGGUACGCGAUGCCACCCGUAUGUUUCCUGCCACUCCGAAACAAUCCAGCUUGAGCCGGAAAAAGUUGUACCGCACAAUCGAACUAAACUUGCAACGGUACGGAUUUGCCGGAAAGCGGUGCAUAUUGCGGAUGAUUUGUGACCUGGCAGAGACACCACUGCAUCACGAGAACGGUGUGCUGGGCGAUGUGUUGCAGUUGAUAUUUACCCCAUCCCUAUCCCGGGACGAGAAGUUACCGGGUGAGUUUGCGCGCGCAGAACAGUUGGGGCGGGUGGAAAGAAAUUGCAACAAAUAUCGUGGCCACUGUCCGGCAAGCCCAAUCGAUCUGGUAACCAUUGUGUUGGCAAAUUGA